AUGGAGAACUUCUUUUUGGCGAAGGGCGAGGAGGUGGAACCGGCGCCCAACCGGCCUAAGCUGCCCUUGCCCGGCGACUUCGCGCCUUCGAACGACCGACCCGCGGCCGCGCCUGAGGCCGCGGAUGAAGAAGACGAUCCGCUAGACGCGUACAUGAGCAAAAUCUCCGAGCAAAUUCAGGUGGAAGAUGAAGCGAUUCGUCAGCGGCAGGAACGCGAAGCCGAGGAAAGGGCAGCAGCCUUAGGCGAGGCGCAGCCUGAAACUGCGUGUCGCGGGAGCGACGGAGACGCUGCGAAAACUAGGGAAAGAUUCUUUGAUGACGAAGACUCUUUGGCAGACAGCUACGCCUACGUGUUGGAUCAAAGGCAGAAGGAGGCGGAGGCGCAGGCUGCUGCACUGUCAAAGGCGCGCCGGAAGAAGACCCGAGGAGGCGAUUCCGACGACGAAUUGCACCGAGAAGAAGAAGACGUUCGCGGAGCGAAACAGCUUGCGUCUGUCGAUCAUAGCAUGUACGAGUAUCCAGCGUUUCAGCGCGAUAUCUACGUGGAGGCUGCCGAUAUCUCCAGUCUGUCGCACGACGCGGCUGGCGAGCUUCGCCGCUCCUUGCAGAUUAGCAUCACUGGCCUCAAUGCGCCGCGCCCCAUUGCUUCCUUUCUACACCUCAAGGAGUGUCUAUCGAAGGCCCUCUUCACGGGCAUCAACAAGCGCGGCUUCGUGCUGCCGACGCCGAUUCAGUCCGCUGCGAUUCCCUGCUUAAUGAAAGGCAGAGAUCUUCUCGGAUUGGCGGAGACUGGCAGCGGCAAGACGGCAGCGUACCUUAUUCCGCUCCUCGCGCGUCUCCAGCACUUGAAGGAAGAAGAGCGGUGGCCGAAGCAGCACGUGCACUACGCGGACAGGCGACCGGAAAAAGUCGGCGGCUUGCUCCUCGCGGGAGGGCCCGCGGGCCUCGUCCUCUGCCCCACCAGGGAGCUGGCUGUGCAGAUUGACGGCGAAGUGCAUGCGCUGAUCGCGAAGUCGAAGCAGGGCUCGGCUGCGCUGAGUCUGAAGCACGUGCUUCUCGCGGGCGGAUUCGAUAAGACCGAGCAGUACAAGGCACUGAAAGUCGGCGUGGACGUCGCCGUCUGCAACCCGGGGCGCCUGAUUGACUUGGCGACCAUGAAGGGCAUGGAGGAUGUGCUGAAGAAGGCCGUGAUAGUCGUCGUCGACGAAGCAGACAAAAUGGUUCAGAUGGGGUUCGAGAAUCAGCUGCGGACUAUCUUGAGCGCGGUCCGCCCCGAUCGCAUCACAUGCAUGUUCAGCGCGACCCUUCCGCACAGAUGCGAAGCUAUCAGCAAACACUUUCUACGGAGCCCCAUCAAGAUCACGAUUGGCGAAGGCGGGCAGGCCGCGAAAUCGGUGGAGCAGAACGUGAUGGUCGUGCCGGAUGAGCAGAAGAAGUAUAACUGGCUCGCGUCGCACCUUCUGUCGCUGCUGGCGGCUUCGUCUGCUUCCAACUCGUCGUCGCUCAGCGCCCCGCUUCCGGCCGCGGCGUGCGACUCCGACCGCGGCAAGGUCGCCGUCGUCUUUUGCAAUACGCAGCAGAGGUGCGAGGACUUGGCUUUCCUGCUCGAAGACGAGAUCUCUGCGCAGAUGAACGAUAUCGCGCGAGGCUCGCGCGCGCCCGCCAGCGCGGAGGGGUCAUCCGACGGCUGGGACAAGGCACGCAAGCCGCGCGCGAUGAAGGAGCUGACCGACAACGAGACUACCAAGGCAGCCGCGGCGCGUCUGCUGCAAAUCGACUUCGGCGCCGCUGAGCCCGGCAAACGCGACGAUCCAAACAAAGUCCUGCGAAGAAACGCGGAGCAAACCUUCAAAUAUGUCACGGUUGUCCACGGCGGCCUGAACCAGACAGAGCGCCUCUCUGCGAUUCGGCGCCUCCAUCAGCACAUCUUGAAGCCUCCGCCGCCCCCAGUUUCGUCUCUGCCUCCCACAGCGCCUCGGGACCACCUGAUCUCUCCCCUAGUUCUCGUGGCGACCGACGUUGCCGCUCGCGGCCUCGACUUCCCUGCAGGCUUGUCUCUCGUCGUGAGCUACGACGCGCCGCCUGAGGGCGAGGUGUACGUACACCGCAUUGGCCGCGCCGGCAGGGCCGGGCGACGCGGGCGAGCUUUCGCGCUGCUCACCCGCACCGAGAAACGCGCGGCGGCGUUGCUUGUUGAGGCCAUGGAGGGCGUUAACCAAGAGGCCCCGCGCCACCUGCUUGACAUCGCGAUGGGCUACGCUCCUUUCCGAACUGCCCGUUUGGCGGGUAUGAAGAUGGAGGAGCCUAAAGGCAAAGGGAAGAAGAAGAGGGACCAUCGUCACAACGCAAAUGCGGCCUUCGGCCUUGGCUACACCGGUUCUGCGUCUUCUGACGGGUCGGCCGCGAGCUCGGCGGCGCCGAGCGUCUAUGCGAAGGCGGCGUCUGCUGCGGCGGCGGCGAUUUUGCGCCAGAAGGAGCAGAAUCUACAGGAGGCCUCAGCAGCGGCGCACCCGGGGUCCUCGCAGGGCGGCGGUGAGGCCGCGUCGUCGUCGGGCGCCGCUGCGCAGCCCUCGGCAGGCAAGCGCGGCCGCUGGGACUCGAGCGUCAAGGCACAGAGCGCCGACGGCCUCUUCACGCUGCAGCAGUUGCAGCCUGCCUCCGCGCCCACGUCGGCCUUUUCGCUCGCCUCCAGCACGGCGGACGAGGCGGGUGGGCGGAGCGGCGCGGGUGCGGGCGCCUCUGCGCAUGUCGCGGGGAAGCAGGUGCGCGUCGUCGGCAUCGACGACGAGCUCUCCUCGGAUGAAGAAGCUCCAGCGUUGCCGCCUGCACAAGCGUCUGCAGCACGUCCCGGCCUGCUGAAUCUGAGUAAGCGCGAGGAGAGGCGGCGGCAGUGGGCGGAGGAGAACGAGGCGCGGCGCGUGCAGCGGGAAAAAGAGGAGAUGCUGAAGAAGCGCGGGCAGUCGCCGCCGCCGCCGAGAAAGGCCUUUUCAGAGCGCCGCGCCGCGCCUACCGGCGACAAGAAUGGCGAACCAAGUCGGCGCGAAGACGAGGGAACCGGCAGCCGAGUGCCGGGCGGUGGCGGAGCGGAAAGCCCUGCGGCCCCACCCGCGUACAUCUCUUCCUCGUUUUGGAGCACAAACAGCCUCCAGGGGUCCGCGGCUACCUCUCUUCCCUCCGGCCACGCAGCGGCGGGCGACGCCCCCCCGUCCUGGAUGGCGCAGGCGUUGGGAAGCGUCGCUCCAUUCAACGCGUCGACUUACGCGCCGCAGAACUCGGGUAGCCACGCCGCGCCGCACCAGGGCGCGCAAAGCCUCAUGCAGCACAUGCCUUACUGGGACCGAAACGGCGCAGCGGGCGCGCCGGCCAGCGGCGCGACCGCAGCAGGGUGGCACGGUGUACAGACACCGGGUGCGUUCGGGGCACCAUCGCCGCCGGGCGCCUACACAGCGCCGUCGCAUGCCUCGUUCGCCCCCCCGAGAACUACGACGGAGGCGCCAGGGAUGCAGCGUCGGCAGCAGCUCUGGCAGCUGCGAUUGCCCAUGCGCGGCAGGCUGCGGCGCGCCGAAACCUCUGAGUGGGGUGGCGCGCUCGCAACGCGCGGGGGGAGAUGGGCCUCGCGCGCCGACCGCCGGCGUUUCACCGUGCAACGGGAGCGCCGCUUCAGAUUUUUCUCAUGUCGGCUGCUGUGGGCCGCAGCGGUCGAAGGAUGCCCAUUGUGGCCGGUCUUGUUUGCCUUUGAAGGCGCUGUCUCGGCGGCACCACCGGUCUGCGCCGCGUUCCAGCGGGGUGCCGACGAGCUUUCUAAGACUUACCCGUGUUUCAGGCGACUUUACGCCUUCGACUUCGUGACGAUUCGCGCAUGGACAUCCGGAUCUCAGUUAGUUUCACACCGUCGCGGGGUUUUCGUUUUACUUUUCUGUCCCCGUGGAUGCCUUUCGGUAACUUCUGCUCAUAAUCAACUGAGCUCUGUCCGUGCUGCGAUUCACGUCGGCGCGCUCUGA